AUGUUGGAAAAGAAAGAAAUCACGUUUACAGAGGCUCGAAAACUCUGUGAGCAGAGUGAUGAUUUGUGUGCUGCCACAAAUGCGGGUACUCCUGUGUUAUUCCAUCGGCAAUCGACCAAACCAUUACGUGACGCACCCAAUGUUCAUAAUUCAGCCCAGGUUUCUCAAGUUCCCAGAGCAAGCCGAAUACAACCGAAGGCUGCGACCAACCGCUGCUUUUCAGGGGGUGAAUAUCAUCUUCGUUCGACGUGUCGAUUCCACAAUUCCACUUGCCAUGCAUAUGGUAAGAUGGGCCAUAUCCGGAAGUGUUUUGAUAACGUUGGUGGCAUGAAGGUACAAUCGGUAAAGUUGGAAGUGGACGGCAAAACUGUUUUCUUAAAACGACGCGUUCUUCCAUACGUUCAACGGGAAGGGGUCUUGAAAGCGUUACAGAAAGUGAAACAGAAUGGUAUGAUAAGCAAAGUUGAAUCCAGUGCCUGGGCGACUCCGAUUAUUAUGGCGAUGAAAAUUGAAGGUAGAACACCACGGAACUGUGGAUACUAUCGACUGACGUUGAAUCCCAGAUUGCGGAGAUGUGCAGUGACCACCAUGGAACCAGAGGAUUGUACGUAA